UAAAGUUUUAUAAGGGGCUCAAAUGAAUUAUUUUUAUUUAGCGUAACAAUUUGUUAUGUUGGUGCCUCUGUCAUUGGUGUGAUAUAACCACACAUUUGUUGCAAAGUUUUGUGACAUAUUUUUGUGUGUUUUUGCAAGAAUGUUUCAGCCCGAGUUCCAGGCCGUGGUCCUGGCGGCCGGCCGGGGCUCCCGCAUGCCCGAGAUCACCUCCGGCAAGCCCAAGUGUCUGCUGCCCGUGGGGACGAAGCCCCUCGUUUGGUACCCCUUGUACAAGCUGCAGCAGUCCGGUUUCACAGACGUAAUUCUUGUCGUGUUAGAGAAUCACAAAAGCGAGAUUCAGGCCACGCUUGACAAAAGCGAGCUUGAGAUCAAAAUCGACUACUUCCCCGUUAGCGGGAAGGAGGACUUAGGCACCGCCGACUCCCUCAGACUCCUCCAUGACCGGCUAAAGUCCGACGUUCUUGUAAUUUCGUGCGACUUUAUCACUGAUUUUAGCCUAAAAGGCGUUUUGGACGUGUUCCGAAUGCACGAUGCCUCGGUCGCGUCUUUGUUCUUCCACCCUCACGGGGGCGAAUUAACAAUCCCGGGCCCCAAGUCCAAACACAAGCCGGAGCGCGAUUUGGUCGGGAUUGACGCGCAAACAAACCGUUUGGUGUUUUUAGCGUCCGCGAGCGAUUUCGAGAGCGAAUUAUCGCUACCGCGCUCUUUGCUCAAGAAACACACUCAUGUUAAAAUGUACAGCAAUUUGGUCGACUCGCACGUGUACGUUUUGAAAAACUGGGUGGUCAAAUAUUUGAACAGCCAGCCGAACUUUACAACAAUCAAGGGCGAGCUCUUGCCCCACAUUGUCAAAAAACAGCUCUCCAAGCCCCCGAAAGGGGCCGAGGGCAAGUCAAUAGUCAGUAAAUGCGACAGCGAGGACAUUUUUAAUUACGCGAAAGAGGACCCUUUCAGUAUUAUUAUAAGGGAGUCCUCGUCCUACAACGACCAUAUCGGUGACUCCAAACCCACGUAUCACGGUGAUAGCAUCCGGUGCUACGCCUUGAUAGCCCCCCGAGACUCGUUCGGGGUGCGAGUCAACACUUUAGCGACGUACUGGGCCGUUAAUAGCAAAGUCAGCGAAAGGUGGGACAAAAUCACAAAUGGGCUAAGCCUCGUCCUCAGACACCCCAAAAGUGAGAUUAAAUCGAGCCAAGUGGACGAUAAGUGUGUUGUUUGGGAGGGAGCCAAACUGCACGAGAAAACCUCGUUUAAGAACUCGGUUAUUGGGGCUAACAGUGAAGUUUGCAGUUUUUCGAGGGUUUUUAAUUGCAUUGUUAUGAAUAAUGUGACGAUUAAGGAGAAGGUGGCGUUGGAGAAUUGUAUAGUUUCGGAUGGAGUGACGAUCGAGAAGGGGUGUCAGAUUAAGGGCUGCUUGAUCGGCAGUCACCACUUAGUGCCCGAAAAUUCGGAACAUAGUCAAGAGGUGCUCACGGAUUCGGACCGCUUGAUGGAAUUCUAAUUUUUAUUUUUGUACAUAAUUUACGAAUAAAAUACAAAUGUGAA